CCCACUCCCUUUCUCUCUGUCUUCCCUCUCCCUCUCUCUCUCACUCUCUGUGACAAACCCCAUUUCCAAUAAAGAGCAACAAUGAAAUCCCCCAAAUCCCAAACCAUAUUCGCUUUCAUUGUAUUAUCUCAUCUAUUUGUUAUCGCCAUUUCCGACCAUGUCGACCCCGAGGCCGAGAAAAAAGAAUUCCUAGAUCUCCACAACCAGGUGAGACAACACGCGGGCGAAGACCCACUUACCUGGGACGAGCAAUUAGAAACAUACGCUCGUAAUUACGCUGAAAAGCGCAAGGGAGACUGCAAUAUGGUGCACUCGAACGGUCCAUUUGGCGAGAACCUCUUCUGGGGUGGAGGAAACCAAUGGACAGCAGGUGAUGCAGUGAAGAUGUGGGUGAGGGAACACAGGUUCUAUAACAAGGGCACCAACCAGUGCCAGCCCGGGAAAAUGUGCGGUCACUACACGCAGAUUGUGUGGAGAGACACCGAGCACUUGGGAUGCGCCCGUGUCCAGUGUGACAACGGCGACACUUUCACUACCUGCAACUAUGGUCCACCGGGAAAUUACCCGGGCGAGAUCCCAUUUAAUCACUACCAACAUUGAAUCGUUCAUGAGGAAAUAUUAAUUACGGGGGGUGAUUAGGAUAUUUCAUUCAUGCUCAUAUCUACAUAUAUAAUAUGUAUAUCUCUAUUACUUAAUGUAACCCUGACUGAGAGGGAGUGGGUUGUGUUUCUCAAUAAGAGGAACCUUUUUAUUGUUUCUUUCUUUUUAAGGAUUUUGGGAUGUAUAUAUGUAUCAGGAGAUCAGGAAUUGUUUUCCAUAGAUUUCCUUGAUAGGUUAUAUAUUCUGAAAUGUAUUAUUGAUGAUUCAUUGUGAUUAUACAUCAUUUCAUCAUAUAAA